AUGCGCAUCCCUAGUAUCUUCAAUCUUCUUCUUUUCUCGCUAUGCCUCGCGGUGGCGGCUCCUUCCGCCGCCGCCGCGGUUGCCAGUGAACGCUCGACUCAUGCCACCUCUCGCGAGCAUCUGAAAGACAUUGUGACUCAAAUCUUGCAUUCUAUGGAAACGCACAACUCGCACGUCCUCCCGCUGGCCACUGUUUAUAAAGCGACUGAGAACGGGCAUGGUGCAUCCCUCGCCAUGAUGACACUAUGGCGCACCAUCGUCAAGGCUGAAUCGCCUAGCAUGUUGGCAAUCGACACCAUACAAGGCUCAGCCUAUUUUGCCACCACUGUCAGCGAAGGCAACAGCAAAGCGGAAGCAGUUCUGAGGGGUCGCGUCAAGGUGGUCGAUGGACGCAUCACCGAGCUGGAGCUGUUUAUCAACCGCACUCGCGGCGACGACGGCUAUGCCUUUUCUUCUACGGAACUGGCAGAUAACUUCAAAGUGUUGAUGUCGCCGCCGAAGAACCGCGUGAAGGCCAGUCGGGCAAAGCUGGAAGCCAUCGGGGCGGCUGCUUGGGAUUCGUCGGACAACCUGUCGGUCAGCGUUAGCGAUACCUGCCAAUUCACCGAAGUGGGCUGGAAGAUCAUCGACACCGGCGUUUACGGAAACGAGUCCUCGUCGCCGCUUACCUGCAGUUGGGGCACUACUAGACCCACUGACCUUACGGCACGAACUAGUCUAGUCAUCGAUGAGGAGCUGGGCUUCAUUGUGACCAGUGGUCUGACUCAAGGCAAGGUCUAUCCUUAUUACGGUGAUAUUUCCACUUUUAUCCCGGAUUCCAUGUCUGCGCCUCAAAAAGCGCAAGAAGCCUGGUUCAACGAAGUGAAGAAACAAGGCAAUUUGACUCUGGUUGCGCCAACCGAAGCCACUGGGGAGAACCUCGAAGUGCUCCAAUUUUUCAACGACAAGCUUCAGGCCCUCCAAUUUAAUGUCUUGCUGAGUGGUCCAAAUAUGACAUCUUCCUGGGUGUGA